AUGUAUCCCAAUGUCCAGAAGAUUUACACUAGGAACAAGAAGCGUCCUAGGAGGACUUCUGCAGCACCAGAUAUAUCUGGAGGGGAAGAAGAUGAUAGUGACCAUGAUGCCCAAGAAGAUCAACAUGCAUCUGAUCCUGUGUUUUGCAGCAGCAGCCAACAAGACAAGAAAGGGCUCUGCAGCAGCCAGGGUUCCAUUAAAUGGAGUAUAGCGGUUCACGUACACCACUCGGAGACAAUACCAACACAACCAAUGGAGGCAGAUCUAGAGUUCGCAAAAGGGAAACGGAUAGCGCUCGAUGGCACGCAAUGUCUCAAGAGAAAAGGGACGAAACAAAUAGAAAAGAUUGAGAAGCAUAUAAAAGAAGAAAGGAGAGAAAGGAGCAACACCUACAUCUGA